AUUAAAGAUUGAACACAGGGACAAUUUUCCAGCACGUCGAGGAGAAAAAGAAGGAAGAGGAAAACCGUGAGUCUGAUAUCGAUAGUUGGGAGUAAUUGAGAGACACUGCCUCGACAGGUUCAGUUGGGUACUGAUAGGAGCUGGCUCCUGUCAGUGUCGCUCGCCGAGUAAUGCACGGCUCGUGGUCGUAACCCGUUGUAAUGCCCAUGUCGCGAAAUGUCGUCUAAUCUCGUGCAACUCAGCGGCUCGCUAUUUUGCGCGCUCCUGCUCGUUCCCUUCGUCCAUGGCUUCUCCUACGAGAAUCUACCCGCGGUGGCGAUGGACUACAAAGUGCACAUUGACGCUGGCAAGGAGGACUGCUAUUUCCAAUAUGUAAAUCCGGGCGCAACUUUCUACGUCAGUUUUCAGGUUUUACGCGGUGGAGAUGGCAAAGCUGGCUUCGCCGUGAGGAAUCCAGAAGGGGUCUUGGUUUAUCCUUAUCAAUGGCGCUCAAAUGCGGACUACCAAGAUACAUCGGUUAACGGUGGCUAUUAUAGCGUGUGCAUUGAUAAUCAGUUUUCAAGAUUUGCUGCCAAAUUAGUGAACCUGUACAUCACAGUGAUUAGGUACGAUCAAUGGCAGAAGUACAGCAAAGAAUUGGAGGAGCUGAACCUUUCCGUGGAAAACUUUACGAACACGAUUGUGAAUGUGGAAAGGAACAUUAACGAGAUGCUUCAGACUCAACAUUUGAGCAGGAGCAGAGAAGCGAGGGAUUUGAAUCUGCUGUUGGACAAUAACUCUUAUGUGCAGACAUGGUCGAUCGCGCAAGUGCUCGUCAUCACAGCGACAACUUUGGUACAAGCAUUUUUCGUCAGAAAGCUGUUCGAUGUGAGACCGUCCGGGUACUCUAAGACGCGUAUUUAAUAUCUGAGAAUCGUGUGGCUAACUUCUCGCUCAAUAAGAGCAUAAUGAUAAUGGUUAAGUAUCCUGUUGUGAUAAAACGACCGAAUGUUUACCGAUCGAGCCCGUAUGUCGUACACAAAUUUAGGUAACGACAUAAAGCGCGGUUCAUCAUAAUUCGAACAUGAAUCGUAACGUUUGAAUCAUCAGUUUAGUAACACGCCACGCAAAUUUUGUUUUAUCCAUCGACCUAUCUGUAUGUUGCUUUGUGUCUUUAUGUAAAUUUGUGUGUAACACGAAACCCCAGGAGAUUGCCUGAAUAUUAAAACUAUGAUACGACGUGGAAAUUUGUGAUACAGAAAAAUUGAUUAGAAGCCGAUAACCAGUUUCUCGGAAGUAACGUGGUUAUCCUUUAGAUCAAGUCUUUAGCGAGUAAAACUCGGACUUCCAGUGUUCCUUCUUGUAAACGUGACAAAACACUCGCAAACACCGACAAGAUUUUUCAUCUUUAUCAUUGAAUCUAUUUACACACUUAUCACAUUCACGCUAGCUUUUAACGAAUUUUAAUCACUUUUAUGACAAACUUUAUAUUCAGGUAUUUUCUUUUAUUACCUUUAUGUUACGUGUUAAUAUAUUUACGAGCCAGAUCGUUCCGCUUAAACACCACAAUACAAGACUGCCUCAUACCUUCGCAUCUGUAAAAGCCGCAUCCAUCGAUCAAUUGUUAGGCAAUCGCGAUCCGUACUCGUUCUCACUUUUACUUUUAUAUAUACUCCUGCAUAUGUGAACAAAUCGACGAAAUAUUCAAAAAUGAAGAGAUACGUGAGAAGUAACAUUUGUAUUGUAUUUGUAUAAAAAUAAUAAACAGACGCAUACUUUUGUUA